AUGUCAUGUAGAACACGUAUUUCCUUUUUGACGAGGUCUGCCUUCAACAAUUUUCGGUACCUUUCGUACGCUCAACGUGAAGAGAGGAACGCUUUAUUAAAAGAGAUUUACACUCCUUCCUUUUCACAAUUCGAGAAGGGAUCAAAGGAAUAUUUGAAUCUAUGUAAGUCUGGGAAAGUUUGGGAAAAUUAUUUUCGUCCCUUCGAAUCCAAAUUUCGUGCUAAGGGUCAUGAUUAUGAGUCAAUAAAAGAUUAUGAAAGAAAAUGUGAUUUUUUAGAGGAGAUGUCUAUCAUCAAAGAUACUAUCAACAUUUCAACUAAUGAUCUUUUGCAACGUAUGAUCGUAAGUUUUUCGCAUCAAAGUUGUGCUAUAGAAGGGAAUUCAUUAGGAAUUGAAGAAUCGCAAACAAUUUGGGAAAGAAUGAAUCAAGAUUAUAAUAUUGAUGAUUUGUUGAAAAAUGAAGGUGCACAAUUUCCGAUUCCGGAGUCUCUUCUUGAUAAACCUGAAAGUGAAAUUGAUAUUAUUGAAAUUCGUAAUCACCUGCUUUCAACCUAUUUCUUAUUUAAUAAUACUGAGCUCAAAUCAAAAACAGAAAUAAACAUUGAUAAUAUAAAAAAAAUUCAUUGUAUUCUUUUAAGAGAUAUUCCGCAGGCAAAUUUUAGUGUAUGGGGUAAAAUUCAAAAAGCAGGAAAGUUCCGAACAGUAUCAAUGCAGGCAAUGGGUUAUCAUUUGACAAUAUAUCCGUACGGAGAAGAAAUACCUACGUUGAUGGAAAAAUUUGUACAAUUUUACAAUAAGAACGUCGUCAUCAAUAACGAUCUUGAUGAUGAAAAUUAUAAUAAUCCUCUUAUAAGCUCAUGUCACAUACUUUCGACUUUUCUUCAUAUUCAUCCGUUCUAUGAUGGUAAUGGACGUGUUGGUCGUUCACUCAUGGCAUUAUAUCUUUCACAUGCUGGUUAUCCACCUCCUGUUUUUCAACAACUUGAUCGAAAAGUAUAUUUCGAUGCAUUAUACAAAGCUCAGGCACAAAAGGAUCCGAUUCCGCUAUAUAACCUAAUAAUAGGAACAAUCUAUGAUAUUCUAGCAUUACAUUCAUGUUUCCCUUUAAAAUAG